AUGGCUAGCCUUGGUGCCGUAUGUCCUUGUGGAGCUUUGUUCCUCCUAGCAAUGUUGUUUCCUCUAGAGCAUGGCUUGGGGGUGGGCUAUGGAGGACCCUCUUCUGUGGGGGCUCUCUCUGGAGCUCCUUCCCUACCCCUUAUUCAGGUGCUCCUCGGGCAGGUCCCACCCAAAACCAGGGCCCAGGGCCGGAACCGGCGUCUAGCCAGAGGGCAGCCACUGCGCUAUAUGCUGAAUUUGUAUCGGAGUGUUGCAGACAGGCAUGGUCGCCCUCGCAGGAACCGGCAGCUGGCCACUAACACCAUCCGCCUGGUCAGGCCCUUUGCCAAGGCCCGCCAGCCUGGGGCAGGUCCCUGGUUGAUCUGGAAUCUUGACUACCACCUGGUAAUCCAGCCACAUGUGGAGCACCUGGUGAGGGCUACUCUGGUCUAUUCUCAGACUUUGUCCUUGGCUCAAGGCCAGUUCUUGUGCACAGCUGAGCUGCUGUCUAGCAAAGAUGCCAUGCCUAGGACUGUCCUGAGUCUCACUAUGCCACGGGCUGGCAACAGAAAUGCAACUGUGUUCUCGGGCAAAGACAGCUGGGUGGAGAUGGACCUUUCCACAUACCUUCAGCCGUGGGUCUGGGUUGCCCAGAACAGCCAUGUCCUCCAUGUGAGUCACGCAUGUGCCCGCCUGGAACAGCCUUGGGGCUCCAUCUCUGAUCCUGGCUGGGAGGAGGCAGUGUCCCCGAAUGACCCCUUUUUGUUGCUUUACCUCAAUGACACGUGGAGUGGACUUUGGACCAGACUGAGGGGCUUGGGCUCCAAGGAGGUGCCCUUUGAAGAGAAGCUCCCUAGACAGCCUGUUCAGACUCGCAAGGCCCGCCAGGCAGGCAAUCUUGCCCUGGACCUCCCCAGCUACCUUCACACAAACAGCGUCAAGAAAAAAGAAUGUUCCCUCCAUCCCUUCCGGGUCAGCUUCCAGCAGCUGGGCUGGGACCACUGGAUCAUUGCUCCACAUUCAUAUCAGCCUCAGUACUGCAAGGGCAACUGUCCCCGCAUUCUGCACUUUGGUUACCACUCUCCAAAUCAUGCCAUCAUUCAGAACUUCAUCAACGAGCUGGUGGACCAGAGUAUCCCACCUCCCUCCUGUGUCCCUUAUGAGUAUAGCCCCAUCAGCAUCCUUAUGAGGGAACAGAAUGGAACCAUCCUUUACAAGGUAUAUGAGGACAUGAUCGCAAAAUCCUGCACUUGCCGAUAA